CACCCAGCAAGCCCCUGCAGUGAGUCAGCACAGGGGAGGCCCAGCCCCCUGGUUAAGGCUGGGCUGUGUGUGCUGCUACUUCCCGGGCCAAGACCAAGUCCUAACAGCAACUCCCCUCCCUCAGCUGUUUAAACUUUUUUUCCUUUGACGCUGGAGAGAAGUGUCACAUUUUGCUAACUCCCACCCCACUCCUCCACCCUCUUCCUGGGGCCACGUGCGGAGGGGGUGCUCGGUGACUGCCACUGCGGGAGGGACUGUCAGCUCCUCUCACCCUCACACCAUGAAGUUCCUCGGGAAGCCCAGAAGCCCCACAGCCGCUUUUCUGCCUCUUUGCUUGCUCUCUCUGAAGAUUCUGCAACCAGGGCACAGCCACCUCUACAGCAACCGCUAUGCUGGUGAUAAGGUGAUAAGACUUAUUCCCAACACGAAAGAUGAAGCAUAUGCACUGAAGAAAAUGUACCACCACCUGAAGGUGGACCUGUGGCAGCCCAGCAGUAUCUCCUACAUAUCAGAGGGAACAGUUACUGAUGUCCAUAUUCCCCAAAAUGGGUCCCGAGCCCUGUUAGCCUUCCUACAGGAAACCAACAUCCAGUACAAGAUCCUCAUAGAAGAUCUUCAGAAAGCACUGGAAAAGGGAAGCAGUUUGCCAACCCAGAGAAGUCGAAGGUCCCCCUCCGGAUAUAAUUAUGAAGUUUAUCACUCCUUAGAAGAAAUUCAAAAUUGGAUGCGCCAUCUGAAUAAAACUCAUUCAGGCCUCAUUCACAUGUUCUCUAUUGGAAAAUCAUAUGAGGGAAGAUCUCUUUUUGUUUUAAAGCUGGGCAGAAGAUCACGAGCUUACAAAAGAGGUGUCUGGAUAGACUGUGGUAUUCAUGCAAGAGAAUGGAUUGGUCCUGCCUUUUGCCAGUGGUUUGUGAAAGAAGCUCUUCUAACAUAUAGGAGUGACCCAACCAUGAGAAAAAUGUUGAAUCAUCUGUACUUCUACAUCAUGCCUGUGUUUAAUGUUGAUGGAUACCAUUUUAGCUGGACCAACGAUCGAUUCUGGAGAAAAACAAGGUCAAGGAACUCAAGGUUUCGCUGCCAUGGAGUAGAUGCCAAUCGUAACUGGAGGGUGAAAUGGUGCGAUGAAGGAGCUUCCAUGCACCCUUGUGAUGAUACAUACUGUGGACCUUUCCCCGAAUCAGAGCCGGAAGUGAAAGCUGUAGCCAACUUCCUCCGAAAACACAGGAAGCACAUCAGGGCUUACCUCUCUUUUCACGCAUACGCUCAGAUGUUGCUGUACCCCUAUUCUUACAAAUAUGCCACAAUCCCCAAUUUUAGCUGUGUGGAAUCUGCAGCUCAUAAUGCUGUGAAUGCCCUCCGGUCAGUGCAUGGGGUGCAGUAUCGAUAUGGACCAGCCUCCAGUACAUUGUAUGUGAGCUCUGGUAGCUCAAUGGAUUGGGCCUACAAAACUGGAAUACCCUACACGUUUGCUUUUGAACUCCGUGACACUGGGCAUUUUGGGUUUUUACUCCCAGAGAUGCUCAUCAAGCCCACCUGUAUGGAGACCAUGCUGGCUGUGAAGAAUAUCACAAUGCACCUGCUCAAGAAGUGUCCCUGAGAUGCCCCAAGGGUGGGGUCAACCACCAGAGAGAGCUGAUUCUACACGAGAACAGCUUGGAAGUGGUUAGAAAUUGUUUUUAAAGAGAAGGGAAACUGCUAAGUGUGAACUUCUCAGUGGACUUUAAAAGGACUUUCUCAUGCAAUUUAAUUGUCGAUGCAAUAAAAAAUGGUUAUUAAAAAAAGAAAAAAAGUAGGCUUUCCU